AUGAAAUUUCAAAUCAAUAAGGAGCAAAUACAGCAAUACUUUCAUCUACCAUUGGAAGAGGCUGCUAUCAAGUUGGGAUGUUGCUCCUCUGUUCUGAAGAGAACAUGUAGACAAUUAGGUAUUAAACGAUGGCCCUACCGAAGAAUGAAAAGCCUCUCAAAACGACAAAAUCAACUCCAACAACAAUUAACAACCCUCCACGAUCAAUACAUGAAGAGUAGGAAACAAUUGGAAGAUGUUGAAGGAGAGAUGGAUGUUAUUAUCAAGGAAGAAUUGAGUGGUAUUGCUGAAGGUGCUACUGUCAUUAUAGAUGAUGCAAAUAUUGAUGUUGAUCCAACACUGGAUUAUGAUCAGAAUGAUAUUAUUAAUAUUAAUACUGCUUCUUCUUCAACUGGUAAUCCUACUACUUUUAACUUUAAUAACAACUUUGAAAUCAUGUUGAUUCCUUCAUCAUCAACAUCAUCAACAUCUUCACCACCUUCAAGUAGUACAUUGGCAUCAUCGUCUUCGGUAUCAUCUCUUCCUAAUCAUCAUGUACAUACAUCAUCCUCAUAUGUUUCUCCACAACAACAACAACCAUCAAAACCUGUUAUUUCUCCAUCACAACAACAUGUUAUUAGAGAUGUUGAGUUGAACAUGCAGCACAACAACAAUAGCAACAUGGAUAUGAUGAUGCCUAUUCAUAAUGCGAGUUCUAAUUCGUUCACUGCUCCAUCCACAUCCUUCAAUAACAACCUUCAUCGUACAAUGUGUGAAUCCAAUAAUGGAGAUCCAAUUUCAAUGACUACUAACAUGCAUAUUUCUCCUCAGCAACAACAAGUAGGUCAUCAGCAACAUGCUAACAAUCUUUGCAAUACAUCAUUACAUGAAUCAUUUGACCAUGCUUUUGGAAAUGUUGUGAAUAAUAAUCAAUUUAUGCAAUCUUCGCAUGUUGAUGCUAAUAAGCACUCAUGUAAUGGAAUAUCAAAUACAGCAUCAUCAAGUAGUAGUGGAUGGAAUAAUGAAAAAUCAGAAUUGGAUACAUCUCAAUAUAAUAAUUUGGAUAAUGAACACUCGUUCGAUGCAUCUGUACAUGAAUCAAUUAAUACUGCUGAUUAUACAACGAGAGGGAGAGGAGGUUAUUCAUUUCCAAAUCAUAAACAUGAUUCAAGUAGGUCACCAUCAUCAAAUUAUGCCAUGCAACAUGUGGAGCCAUGUUUUAGACCAUUAAUUUCAACAUUGGAUGGAGUGAAUGUAAAUGCUGCACUAACUAAUGAUAGAGGAGUGUUAAUGUGGUUUUCUAAGGGGCUAAUGGAAACACUCCCAUCCUAUUUUAAUACAAAGGCAGUGAAUAAGGAUUAUACUAAGGAUGAUACAUUUAAAGGAUCAACUAUUGAUGUAUAUGAAUCGUUUUAUAGAAGAAGAGCCACACAUGGAACUAUUAGAAUGAUUCAGUGCUUUUUUGAAAGAUAUGUAGUGGUGGAUAGUCAUGGAGUGAUGCUUGAUCAUUACUCUGCGCAUCCAUCUGCUGGAUCGCAUUACAUGUGGUAUUUGCAUGUGAGGAAGGAAACUGAUUUUUCUCUCAUUUCAUCUUAUUUCAAUCCUUCCGAUAGAAAUAAGGCACUUCAGUUUGGGGUACCUUAUACUUUCGAAUUGGAGGAUGACAACAAGUAG